AUGAACGUUGACCCUCACCGGUUCGCCGGUGCGGUGUCCACGCCAACAACACACACUUUCAACAUGCGCACAAGUGAAGAGGUAGAGCAACCCAGUUCGACAAUAGCACCCUAUUACACAUCACUAAAUGGAGUCAACCAGCCCUUGAACAUGGCCUUCAAGGACGCCCUCUGGCUAACCCUCGGCGGCUUCGGCCUCAUCAUCCUCUUCAUUCGAUUCAUGGAGAUUCUUUGGGCCAAGCUACGCCACGUUUCUGCCAUGUCCGACCCUCGGGAAAAACAGACCUACUGGAAAAUCUCGCAAUGGAGCUGGAUGCCCGGUCUGAAAACUAACCUCAUAUAUGCGCCUCUCUGGAAGAAGCGCCACAACCGCGAGAUUCGUCUUUCGUCUGCUAUCAACGUCGGAACCCUGCCCUCGCGACUGCACAUGGUCAUCAUCAUGAUCUAUCUCGGCAGCAACAUGGCCUACAUGUUUAUCCUCAACUGGACAAACGAAAACAAGUGGGCAUUCUGUGCCGAGCUGCGAGGUCGAGCCGGUGUUCUUGCUCUCGUCAACAUGGUGCCUCUCAUUAUCUUGGCCGGCCGCAACAACCCCCUCAUUGCCAUGCUCAUGAUCAGCUUCGACACGUAUAAUCUGCUGCACAGAUGGAUGGGUCGAAUUGUUGUCUUCGAGGCAGUGGUUCACACCAUUGCUUGGUCCAUCCCCGCCCUUGCUGACGGAGGCUGGCGCAAUGUCCAGGAAAAAUUCAACACCGACCUCUUCGUCAGCUCUGGCACUGUCGGCACAGGUGCUCUAUUUUUCCUUCUCCUCCUCAGCGUUUCUCCUUUCCGCCAUGCAUUCUACGAAACAUUUCUCAACCUGCACAUCCUUCUUGCUCUCGUUUCUUUCGUCUGCACCUGGAUACACUGCGCUAGCUCCGUCGUCCACGUAGGAGGCCUGCCCCAGCUGCCCUGGAUCAUUGCUGUCGUCAUGAUGUGGCUGCUUGACCGUCUCGCUCGCAUUGUCCGUCUCAUGUACGCAAACUGGUCUGACAAGGGCUUCACCGACGCUCUUUGCGAAGAAUUGCCCUGCGACGCCGUCAGAGUCACUCUCCGCCUUCCACGCUACAUGGCCAUUGCCCCCGGCAGCCACGCCUACCUCCGCUUCUGGGGCAUCAACUCUUGGGAAAGCCAUCCCUUCUCCAUUGCCUGGGUCGACCACGAAACGUACAAUAGCCUGCCAAUCUCCACCGAGAAGGAGCCUCUCAAUGCUGUCGACAAAUCCAACACAUAUACUAAUGUGUCCUUUGUCAUUGGCGCUCACACCGGCUUCACGCGUAACCUGUUCAAUCGGGUAAAGGGAGUCCACGGUGGCAUCCGCAUCAAAGCCGCCCUCGAAGGACCGUAUGGCGGCCAUCACUGCCUCGACUCCUAUGGACACUGCGUCCUCUUUGCCGGCGCAACCGGCAUUACGCACCAAAUUUCCUACCUACGCUACUUCCUAGAGGGCUACAACGCCGGCAUGGUCGCUACGCGCAGACUAACGCUCGUCUGGGUUAUACGAAAUGGCGAGUGCCUCGACUGGGUCCGCCCAUAUAUGGACGCUCUUCUGCGCAUACCUAACCGCAGAGAUAUUCUCCGCAUCUACCUCUUUGUUACGCGUCCGACUGCACUGGAGAGCAUUGUCAGCCCUAGUUUCACCGUCAAGGUGAUUCCCGGUCGUCCCAAUGUGCCCCUGAUCCUCGUCAAAGAAGUACAAGAGCAAAUUGGUGCCAUGUGCGUCACGGUCUGUGGACCAGGUGGCCUUGCUGAUGAUGUACGUUCUGCCGUGCGCGCUGUGCAAGGACACACGGUUGUCGAUUUCGUCGAGGAAAGCUUUACAUGGUGA